AGCCGGAACAUGAUCAUAUUCAUACUGUUUUGGGUACUCGUUGAAGUUAGUUUUAGAUGGCAAAUUAGAUAUGUACAAGCCCAAUAUUUUACUGAUACACCUCCUUUCGAUUACUAUCAACGAAAAUCAUUGGCAGAUUGCCCCAGUCGCUUCUAUGCUGAUCUUGAUCGAUACAAUGUCUUGUUUGCAUUCGGUGGUGAACGUGCCUUUCGCGGGGAGUUCCAACACAUGGCAGCUAUAGGGUGGACAACAGCAGAGGGUGUGAAAUAUUUAUGCGGUGGAGCACUGAUAACAUCAAACUUCGUAUUAACAGCAGCGCACUGCGCCGUCAAUGGCGAUGGAAAAGAACCGGAUACUGUUCGCCUUGGGGACACCGAUCUCAACAGCAGUGUGGAUGAUGAAUUUGCACAACAGAUCAAAAUUCGUCGGUUCCAGAAACACCCACAGUAUAGGCCAAGUAAAAAGUAUUUCGAUAUUGCAUUGAUUGAGCUGGAAAGACCGGCCGAAAGUUCGGAAGCCGUCUGUAGUGCCUGUUUAUGGUUGGAAAAGGAUGUUCCACCGGAAAUUUUAAGUGCCGUUGGUUUUGGCGCGUUGGGAUUUGGUGAAAAGUUAAGCCCAACAUUACAAAAAGUGAAAUUAGCUACUUUUAACAAUUCCGAAUGCAUACAUCGCAUACCUUUAAGUACGCGGACGCUGCCGAAAGGCCUUUUGGCAGAACAAUUUUGUGCUGGUAGUGAGACUAUGGACACUUGCGAGGGAGACUCUGGUGGACCGAUUCAAACCGAAAGGGCUGACGUAAACAAUUUACAAAUCCCAUUGAUAGUCGGUGUUGUGUCAUUUGGAACCCCGUGCACGGAAGGAUCCACUGGAGUGUACACUCGUGUGGCGUCUUACCGACAGUGGAUAGAAAAUGAAACCAACAAGAGUCUUAGCUACACGGACUGUUCACGAAAUUCAAACUGUUUUGACAGGAAAAGAGAAAGGACUGGUAUAGAAUUUCCACCUUCAUAUCCUGUCUUCAGGGUGACUCUCCGCUGGUUUGGGAAAGCAUAUUCUCAAUACCAUUGCGGAGCUACCCUGAUCGAUUACCGAUUCGCUAUUACGUCUGCUUCAUGCGUAAGUGCACAAUCCUCUUCCCCCGGCUUCAUAGAGUCCCCUAUAAGUGACGAAACGGUACGCGUUGAAGAUGUUUAUAUUCAUCCAAAAUACAACAAUGGAGAUAAACCGGAAAAUGACGUUGCCUUAGUGAAGUUGUCUAUGUAUUUGAUUGCCCAAAAGGACCUACUUCCGGCCUGUCUAUGGAGAGACUCUGAGAUCAAAGAGGAGUUUAAUCAAAUGUAUUAUUCAGCCUCUACCAGCAAGUUUUGGAUACAGGAUCCUUCUCCGGAAGAUAGUGGUCAGCAAUUAACCAUUGAAAGGCGAAUAAUUGACAAUGGACGUUGCACUGAUCCUCUACAUCAGCGGCACAAUCUUCUUUGUUCAAGCAAUAAAAUUUCGCUUAUUCCGACGGUUUGCAAGAUGGAUUACGGAGGACCAAUUUCGAAUAGUGCACACUAUCGCUUUCUGCCGUAUCUCUACGGCGUGGUUUCGAACCUUAGUACAGGAUGUGGUGAUGAUUUGAUUGGGACCAGAAUAUAUCCUCACAUAAACUGGAUCGAAAGUAUUGUGCUCGAUCACACCCACGAUCGAUUACUAUUUACGACUUAAAGGGAAAUUAUUCUGCAGCAAAUAAA